CUUGGGACUCGGGUCGUUCUCCGGUGGUGUCUCGGGCGUCCCACCACCGCGCGGCGACGGAUCGCACGGUGAGGUCGUUGAGGCUUUCGACGUCACCUCACGGCCCGUCACCACACGGUUUGGGGGGCACCGAACUCUGACGGCCGUCAUCGGGCCCCAGGGCCAUCAAGAUCGGAGCCGGGACGAGUUCCGCAGCCAUUUUGGCUCCAGCCCGCAGCGUGUUGUUGUUGCUCCUCUCCCCCUCUCCCUCUCCCUCUCCCUCCCCCCGCUCCCCUGGGUAUCGCGCCGCCAUGCAGCGGGAUGGCCCGUUCGCGGAGCGAGGCGCCUUCGAGAAUCCCCGCCGGCGGUGGUGGUCCCUGCUGUCGAUGUGGGUCGUCGUGGUUGUCGCGCGGAGGUGCCUCUUCGCAGCCGGGCUCGCCCGGCUGCGCGUCGCGAACAGCGCUUCGGGCAGGUUUGGGUUCCUCGCCAGGAGGGGCGACGGCGAUGCCCUGUCUGGGAUUCAGAACGCCACCGACGCUCACGAGGUUUCGCGGUUUGUGUUGGUGCCGCUGGAGUUGCUACCUCACUGGCACUUCGAGCCCCCCCGGCAAGCGGUGGCCACCCUGGUGCCCAGCGAGGAGUGGGGCCAAGAGGCCAUUCGAUGGUGGAACGGUGGCGCGGGCCGCAUGCGGUCCCGGUACGAGUUCUGCCGCCAUGGUCCCCACUUGCACCUGCUCGUGUUCGGGGACGAGGUGCUGCUCGGCCAAAACGACACGCUCCUGGGCUUUGGCUUGCCCCAGAACGCCUCGGAGGCGCACCACCAGGGGGCGCCAAGAGGCAGAGUGAUCCCUGUGCUCCGUGUCACGUUGCCCGUGCCUGCCAACGUGGAGCCUGGAAUGACCAUGGCAUCGUGGGUUGUGUCGGACAUCCCGUCGCCUGGCGAGCGCCUGACGCGGAUGGACCCAGAUCACGCACUGAGGUUCACAUUCAUCAUGUCUCCAUCAGGCAGAAUACACAACGGGUUGUUCCUACUCCUCUGGCCCCUGCUGAUGCCGAAGUUGUUCUGGGCCCGUGCCCCCCUGAUCGCGAAGGUGGCCUUGUUUGCACCCCUCGCCAUAAUGGUGUUCCAGUUGGUGUGGCUCGUCGCCGGGAUCUCCCGAAGACACGUGGCCGUGCGCAUGUACCGCAGGCGGCGUUUGGCGCGGCUAGGCGCCCUGCGGCGCGCGGCCAGCUGUGUGGUCGAGGUGUUCUCGCAGGAGGACUGCUGCAUCUGCCUCGCGGAUCUGGAGCGCGACGAGGAUCUCACCAUGCUGCUCCCCUGCAAGCACGUUGUGCACCACGCCUGCUACAGCUCGUGGGUGAGCGCCCCGUCGUACACUGUGUCGCACCUGCGCUGCCCGCUGUGCAACAGCCGCACGGCUGGCGUCGCGCACCCCGUGGCGGCAUCCGACGCUGGGCGCGUGGCAGCGGUGUGCCCAGGUAGCCUGGCAGCCGGGCCCAGCGCUCGGUGAGUGAGGGCGCCGCCCGGCCGCGAGGUGCUCGCGGCGCGCUGGGCCGCGCGAGCCGGCGCAGGCGCCGCGGCGCCGAGCGCGUGGAGCAGUGGGGUGGGCGCGAUUUCUCGGCCGACGGCUGGUAUCGGUUCGCGAUUUUUUCAUCGACGUUGCAAGGCCAUUUGUUCGCGAACUCCAAGGCCCCCGAUGGCAUUGUCCACGGCCGCUCG